CGAGGUACCUACCUACCACUGCCAGUUACCCCAACCUCUUAUUACUCUUUCCUUUCAUAUUCCGAAAGGAAAUCCAUCCAUCUGGAAGGAGAAGAUUAAUAUUACUAAUAAUAUAUAAUACACAUAAUUACUUACUGUUAGGUUCCGGUUCCCCGUUUCUCUAAAACUAAAAAUAAAGCGGCCGGCAGCGGGAUGUCCUCGUCUUCUUCGUCGUCGUCUUCUUCAGCUAAACAUCCUGCUCCUGCUCCUGCUCCUGCUCGAGCUCCAGGGGUCAUUACCUGUAAAGCGGCGGUGGCAUGGGGAGCUGGCGAGGCAUUGGUAAUGGAGGAGGUGGAAGUCAGCCCAGCUCACCCAAUGGAGAUACGAGUGAAGGUGGUUUGCACCUCCCUCUGUCGCAGUGAUCUCACUGCUUGGCAAUCUCAGGCACCUACACCAAUAUUUCCUCGGAUUUUUGGCCACGAAGCAUCAGGGAUCGUUGAGAGCGUUGGGGAAGGAGUGACUGAAUUUGAAGAGGGAGAUCAUGUGCUUACACUAUUUACAGGAGAAUGCAUGAGAUGCAGACAGUGUACCUCAGGUAAAAGCAACAUCUGCCAAGUACUGGGAUUGGAAAGGAGAGGCUUAAUGCACAGUGAUCAAGGCGUGCGCUUCUCAGUAAAAGGGAGGCCCAUCUAUCAUUAUUGUGCAGUUUCAAGUUUCAGUGAGUAUACAGUUGUGCAUUCUGGAUGUGCUGUCAAAGUCAGUUCAAUUGCACCUCUGGACAAAAUAUGCCUUCUUAGCUGUGGGGUUGCUGCAGGUCUGGGUGCAGCGUGGAAGGUUGCUGAUGUAGCUGGAGGUUCAACAGUUGUCAUUUUCGGUCUUGGAACUGUUGGCCUUGCUGUUGCACAAGGUGCUAAACUAAAGGGAGCAUCUAGAAUAAUUGGAGUGGAUACUAAUCCUGAAAAGAGUGAAAAAGCAAAGCUUUUCGGGGUAACAGAAUUCAUCAAUCCAAAUCUGUAUGAUGAACCAAUUCAACAGGUUGUUAAGCGGAUUACAGAUGGAGGGGCCGACUACUCAUUUGAAUGUAUAGGAGACACAGGAAUGAUAACUGCUGCUCUACAGUCAUGUUGCGAUGGAUGGGGAUUGACUGUUACCCUUGGUGUACCAAAAGUGAAACCAGAAAUCACAGCUCACUAUGCAUUGUUUCUUACUGGGAGAACAUUGAGGGGAUCACUGUUUGGAGGGUGGAAACCAAAAUCUGAUCUUCCUUUAUUGGUGGACAUGUAUUUAAGAAAGGAAAUCCAGAUUGAUGAGUUUAUCACACAUAAUCUGCCAUUUGAAGAAAUUAACAGAGCAUUUGAUCUCAUGAGAGAAGGGAAGUGUUUGCGCUGUGUUAUCCACAUGCCAAAGUAGUGUUCUUAGUCCAGGUGUAAAAAUACACUCUCCAGAGUGAUGCUGGCUGGUUAUAUUUUUUGUGGAAAAUGGCCUUUGGAGGAUAAGUUGCGGCGCAAAUGCAGGUUGUUUCAUAUUUUUCAGUUGUGGCACUAAUGUUGUCAUACAUGUGCAGAGCAUGUUAAUGCGAUCCAAAUUGAGAAAAGAUUGGCAUGUUUUCUAGGAUGGGGAUUCAUUAUGAGACUAAUUUGAGCUUAUUAUGCCUUUUUGUUUGUUGUAAUUUGUGGGAAACUGAUCCAUUGAACACCAACUGAAGGUGGUUCCAGUUCA